AUGACCGCAAACGCCGUUAGUAUUUAUCAUGAGAAACAAAUACGAGAAUUAUGUGCUCUACAUGCCUUAAAUAAUUUAUUUCAAUCGAAAGGAGCAUUUACCAAAGACGAAUUUGACUCAAUAUGUACAUCAUUGUCGCCGGACCAUUGGAUAAAUCCGCACAAAUCUGCUUUGGGACUGGGAAAUUAUGAUAUUAAUGUUAUAAUGAAAGCUCUACAAAACAGAGGUUACGAAGCAAUUUGGUUUGAUAAAAGGAAAGAUCCUGGUUGCUUGAAAUUAACUAAUAUUGAUGGAUUUAUUUUAAAUAUUCCCAGUGAUUACAAAAUAAGUUUUAUUACCAUACCAUUAAAAAGAAGGCAUUGGAUUACACUUAAAAAGAUCAAUGGUAUAUUUUAUAACUUAGAUUCAAAACUGGAUAAUCCACAACAAAUUGGUGAAGAUUCUGAUUUUUUAUGCUACUUGAGAGAAGAAAUGGAUUCGCUAGACAAGGAAUUGUUCUUAGUAGUUAGAGAAGAAGUUGCAAAAAGUCAGGGUUGGUUAAAAGAUGGAACCUAUGGAAUUUCACAUAUUGUAAAUAGACAAGAGGUUGUGGAGCUACAGUUAAAAGAUUUAGAAAAUGAUAUGUCUAAAAGUAACAAAUAA